CAGGGGAACAGCCUUGUCAGCGCGUGUACAACACGAGGGGUGUGGACCCGCAGACGUCAACACGAUCUGUUUGCGCGGUCAUGUUCUGAUAAGAACGGCGCGACGCGCCUCGCCAACUGAAACUUCACCCCCUGUGUUCACCCACACAUCCGCCCACACACCAUGAUCGAUGUCGUCUACGAAUAUGUUGACAUCCCCGAUGAUCCUGCUCCAAGUCGUGAGCGGACCCUUUCCUUACCACCGAUGGACGAUGAUGUUGGAGGUUUGAGAGCCAUACCAGACCCAGAGGGUAAACCUUUUAAUCGCUCUGACGUCCUCAUACUUGGAACGGAUGUUGGUGUGCGCACACAAUCUCUUGGUGCACCCUCCCAACCAUGUGGCGCAUCUGCGACUCAUAACCGUUGUGACGACGAUUUCCUUCCACAAACAAGUUAUAGCAUGUGUAUUCCUGACUUGACCCCUGACUCGUCACCAACGAGUAUGGGGUGUUCAACCAUGUUGAUGACACCAGAAAAUGGAGUUUCUUUGGCUGAUAUUGAAACUUCUCCCUUCCUACCUCUCAUCGAGAGCUACUUUGAAGACAUUGUGUUCGGCGAUGGUCACUGUAUGGACCACACGGCACCGUACUUCGACAGCUUGGAGGAUAGUUUGUCUUUCGAAAUAGCUGGUGACCCGUUCUUGGAAGCCAUACCAGGUGGUACGGCGUGUCAAUCUCCCGAUGAAAAUGUCCAUUCUUCCCCCACACUGCACACCGACCUGCCAGCGUCAGAUCUUGUUCCACAGUGCCUUGCAGUUCCGGAAUUUUCGAAGAUGCAAGCACAGCUCGAACUCGUCCUCUUGACCCAAAGACCUCUGAGCAGGAGUCGGUCUGCCUCUCCUGCCACCCCAGUGAAUGAGGUUCAAGGCUCAAUAGAUUCUUCCGUCACGUCCACGGGGGAGGAGCUGGAGAAUAACGACGAGUCAAUAGAGAAGUCUCCUCCGUUGCGUUCUCCAUCGCCCUGUAGUAUUCUUGCAAAGCGUCGAAGGGUGCUCGAAACAGGCGAUGGUGACGACGAUGACGACGAUUACAUCCCGACGACACGCUGGGUGCAUCCUCGAGUACCUUCUAACAGCCAAAUGCUCUCAAAUAAAGGGGACCAAAGAACCAAGCGUCGUGGGGCACGAAAAUCGCGAUCUUACCUGAAAUCUGCAUCAAAAUCGAGAUCUCGAUGUCCACACUGUAGAACAUCCUUUUCGCGAGCUGGUGAUGUGGAUAGACACCAGAAGUCACUUGCAUGCCCUGUACUAAAGCGUAAAGCAGAGGUCGACGGGACAUUGGACGAAGCAAGGUGGCCGUGUCCGAUCUGCGGGGACAAGCUAUCGCGGAAUGAUUCUCAAGCACGUCACUUUGAAAAUACUCAUCCGGGUGUCAGCCCUAGUGAUUAUGGGUUGAGGCUCAGGAAACGAGAUGGGAAACUGUAGAACCUUCAUUUCAUCGACAUCAUUACCAGUAGGACAACUUCAUAUUCCAUCGGUUUUGUAGCAGGUUGACCAAAGCUCCCGUUGGACACGAUGCAGAUACCCUGUCAUACCUCAGUUCUGUGUAUACCCGUCCUAUUGUCAAAUGAGGUGUCAGAGUCCAUUGUAACAUGUAUAUACCCAACGUGUACAUAUUCGUCUUACUUACCUGGAGACAAAGCACAUGCUCUAGCUCGUGGGCUGUGUCAAAGGAUGACGUAACACACCACAAUCUGCUUGG